UCCCACGAAUUGCGAACGACGCUUGACACCGAGAUGAGCGUGAUAGAGGGACAUAUUGAGGAAAUGCGGCGAGCUCGCGAUCGUCUGAAAGCCGCUCUGGUCAGACAGACGCCGGUGGCAGAAGAAAAGGCUCGAAUCAUAGAGCGGCUCGAAAAUUUGCUCAACAAAUCCGAAACAGCCGUUCAAACCGCCCAGAAAGCUGUGAGAAACGCUAAGCAGCAACUGGAAGAUCUCAAAGGUAAGGCUUUUAAGCAUACUUUGAGCUGCACAACUUGGCACAUUGGCGCCUAUCGUAUGAUUGAGUCUCGUGUCUCUAAGGUCGGCCACACCACUUGGCUCUUCGAUGCACUAUGUGGCAGUGUUGAAGUUAAAGCACUAGGCGAAACGGCACCCACAUUUCUGAACAAAAGAUGCAAAUCUACUUGA